GUCCCAAUGGUAUGUCUUUGCAGGCGAUGGACACGAGUCACGUGUCUCUGGUGUCGGUCUCACUCAAUAGCGACGGCUUUGAUAAAUACCGGUGCGAUCGCAACCUCACGCUCGGCAUGAAUCUGAUUAGUCUCUCGAAGAUAAUCAAAUGCGCGGCCAAUGACGACACGAUUAUCAUCAAAGCCGGUGACGGCGGCGACAAAAUCACUCUUCUCUUUGAGGCCCAAAACGAGUCAGAAGUGGCUGAAUAUGAGAUUAAACUAAUGAAUUUGGAUUCAGAAUACUUGGGAAUUCCGGACACGACAUACAACGUGACCAUCAAAUUGCCGGCCAAUAAGUUUCAACGCAUUUGCCGUGAUUUGAGUCAAAUCGGAGACGCGGUCACCAUAUCGUGCGCUAAGGAUGGCGUCCGAUUUGGCGCCGCCGGCGAUCUCGGCUCCGGUUCCAUACGAUUGGCUCAAACGGCCUCUUCGGAUAAACCCGAGGAAGCGGUCACCAUCUCUAUGCAGGAGGCGUUGUGCCAGUCGUUUGCGCUCAAGUAUUUGAAUCACUUCGCGAAAGCCACUCCACUCUCAUCGCAGGUGACGCUCUCGAUGUCACCCGACGUACCAUUAGUUGUUGAGUACAAUAUAUCGGAUAACGACGACGAGAAUCCGUCAAACAUUGGUUUCAUUCGCUACUAUUUGGCGCCGAAGAUCGACGACACCGACGAGUCCUAAAACAAUCCUUCCGUUAGUCUUAAAAUCCGUGAUAAACGCGAAACCAAUUGAACGAUACCUUCAUUUGCUAUUUAAACUGAAUAAUCAUUUUUGUAUACUUUUCAAGUGUAACUGUUUUUAACUUUUCAUUUAUUAGACUUUUAAAUAAAAACUUAAUUACAGUUUAGAGUCAA